CUGCUGCAAUGGCUGUCUUUCUAGCUAGGUUAUUUAUAUCUUUAUAUUUAUUAUGUUUUGCUGGAGCCGUUUUCGAAGACCAAGUGGGAAAAUUUGAUUGGAGACAGCAGUUUGUUGGUGAGGUCCGUUAUGCUCUCUUUGAUUCAAGUCAUUCCCAGGCAUCUAAAAAGCUUCUGGUUGCAACAGAAAAGAAUAUUUUUGCCUCCCUCAAUUCCAGGACUGGAGAGCUUUUCUGGAGACAUGUGGACAAGCUUGGGCCAGAGGGACACAUAGAUACACUUCUGGUUCAUGGGCAAGAUGCCAUCGUUGUUGUCGGGAAUGGCCGUCUUCUGCGUUCCUGGGAGAGCAACUUCGGUGGCCUGAAUUGGGAGACUGUGCUCGAUACCGGAAGCUUCCAGUCUGCUGCUUUUGUCGGAGUGCAGGAUCUGGUGAAGUAUGUGGCCGUGCUUAAGAAAUCUGCCAUCUCUCUGCAUUAUCUCUCCAAUGGCCACCAGAAAUGGGUAGAAAAUCUCCCAGACAGUGACACUGUUGAAUAUCAGAUGUUGUAUUCUGGAGGAAAUGGACCGCACUUCAUUCUGGGUUUAGUCCCCAAUUCUCAUCUAGUCAUUAUUGAAUAUAACAUUGAAGAUGGAGAAAUUAUGAAACAGAAAGCAGUAGAUGCUCCAUGGCUGAGCAGCUUACAGUCCAGCUGUGUGGUGGUCGGUGCCGGAAUGCUUCUGUGUGUUGACCCGAGCACAGAGUCCAUGUACACCUUGCCGCUGCAAUCUGAGGAACAGCCGGCAGCGACCCAGAUCCCACUUCAGACUGUGGGCCUAGAGGUGGUUUCAGGGUUUCAGCCACAUUUAAUCUCCACUCAGCCUCACCCUGCACGUCCUCCCCUGCCUGAAUUCUUCCUGCAGCUCGGCCCGGAACACCACGCCCUGCUGCGGCUUAACGAUGGCACCGUUACCCUUCUCAGAGACUUUAACCCGUCAUACCUGGUUGCUUUUGCAAAUACCGGAGAAAAGACAGUCGCUGCUGUUAUGUCACCAAAAAAUGAAACUGUAAGUAAAGCAUCAAAAAGUGACAAAUUUUUUAAUAGCAAUUUUUGUCAUUUUUAUUGUAAUUUUUUUUUAUGUUAUUUUAAGGCAUGCACUAUCAACCUGUACAGUGCUGAUGCAGGGAGGAGGCUCCUUGAUACCUCAGUCACUUAUUUUCUGGAUCCUAAUGGUGGAAAGCCAACUAGGUUGUAUGUCAACGCUUUCCUGAAGAAAGAUGACUCUGUGGGCUACAGGGUGAUGGUACAAACCGAAGAUCUGGUUCUGUCCUUCCUACAGCAGCCUGGCCGGGUAGUGUGGACUAGAGAGGAGGCCCUCGCUGAUGUGGUUACUAUGGAGAUGGUGGACUUGCCACUUACUGGAACCCAAGCAGAACUAGAGGGCGAAUUUGGAAAGAAAGCUGAUGGGCUUUUAGCCAUGGUUUUAAAGCGACUCUCGUCCCAGCUCAUCCUUCUGCAGGCCUGGAUCAGCCAUCUGUGGAAACUCUUCUACGACGCCCGAAAGCCUCGCAGCCACGUGAAGAACGACGUCACUAUUGAAACCUUGUCUCGGGAUGAGUUCAACCUGCAAAAGAUGAUGGUGAUGGUGACUGCCUCAGGGAAGCUUUUUGGCAUUGACAGUAAGUCUGGGACCAUUUUGUGGAAGCAGUACUUGGAGAAUGUCAAGCCCAAUUCGGUUUUCAAACUGAUGGUGCAGAGGACAACUGCUCAUUUUCCUCAUCCGCCACAAUGCACUCUGCUCAUUAAAGAUAAGGACACAGACCUGGGAACCCUCCAUGUCUUCAAUCCUAUCUUUGGCAAAAAGAGCCAUAUCAGUGUUCCAGUUUUAUCCAGACCUGUCCUUCAGUCCCUGCUGCUGCCCAUAAUGGAUCAGGAUUAUUCCAAAGCCCUUCUCCUGAUAGAUGAUCAGUAUAAGGUUACUGCUUUCCCAUCCACCAAGAACGUCGUGCAGCAACUGCAGGAGAUGGCGUCUUCCAUUUUCUUCUACCUUGUGGACUCCAGUCUGGGGAAACUAUCUGGUUUCCGCCUACUUAAAGAUCUGUCCACUGAGCUUAUCUGGGAGGUGGUCAUCCCCACGGAGGUGCAGAAAAUAGUGGAAGUGAAAGGCAAGCGUGCUAAUGAGCACGUCCACUCCCAGGGACGAGUCAUGGGGGACCGCAGUGUGCUUUAUAAGUACCUGAACCCCAACCUGCUUGCAGUGGUAACUGAAAGCACAGACACCCAUCAGGAACGCAGUUUUGUGGGGAUAUUUCUCAUCGACGGCGUGACUGGCCGUAUUGUGCAUGAAGCUGUGCAGAGGAAGGCACGAGGGCCUGUUCACUUUGUGCACUCAGAGAACUGGGUAGUGUAUGCGUACUGGAACACAAAGUCUAGGAGGAACGAGUUCUCUGUACUCGAGCUCUUUGAGGGAAUGGAGUUGUAUAACAGCACAGUGUUCAGCUCUUUGGAUAGACCUCAUCCACCUCAGGUUCUGCAGCAAUCCUACAUAUUCCCUUCUCCUAUAAGCACUCUAGAGGCCACGCUUACAGAGAAGGGCAUCACCAGUCGUCACCUACUGGUGGGACUCCCAUCAGGAAACAUCCUGUCUUUACCAAAGAUGUUUCUGGACCCACGAAGACCAGAAGUGGCCUCAGAACAGAGCCGAGAGGAAAAUCUAAUACCAUAUUCUCCUGAAAUGCCAAUACGCUCCGAGUGGUUUAUUAACUACAACCAAACUGUGUCAAGAGUGAGAGGUAUCUACACUGCCCCGUCUGGCCUGGAGUCUACAUGCCUGGUGGUUGCGUAUGGCCUCGAUAUCUACCAGACCAGAGUUUAUCCUUCCAAACAAUUUGAUGUCCUUAAAGAUGAUUAUGAUUAUGUACUGAUCAGCAGUGUACUUCUGGGUCUGUUCUUCGCUACGAUGAUCAGCAAGCGGCUGGCAGAAGUAAAGUUACUUAAUCGUGCCUGGCGAUAAACCACAACUGUUUGCCGUGAUAGCUCACUCUUUUAAUUUAAGCCUUGUGAUCGACACACUGAUGACAGAAGAUCAGCUGAUGUCCAUGUUAGACUGCAAGAUUACUGUAAGCAUCAUGAAAGACAACUGAUAGCAGAAUUGUGUUUUUUUUUUUGUUUGUUUUUUUAAAACUUAGAAUCUUUAAUGCAAGAAAGAUGUAAAUAGCGUUUCCCCGCUCCAUUAUGCAGUUAAUUCUUAAAUUAUUUAAAUGUAAAUUUAGACCCACUUUCUAUGUUUACUGAACAACAACUAAGGUAACAAUAAUGCAAGGAAUUCAUGCAAAUUCAUUCAAAUAAUGUUUGUGUGCUAAUGUUAGACAAUUCACAUGACGUCUAGCUCUUAACAAAUAAAAAUGAGCUUAAAAGGUAGACUCUACUGUUUGUUACUUUUACAGGUAGUCUUUUUGCUACAUUCUAAUCGUGCUUUUUAAUUCUAGUCUACCUUUUAAACUGAUGCUUGGGUACUGUAGAAUUUUUUUUAUUAAUGAAAAAAGGCAUAAAAGAAGAGGAAUUUCAACCAUUUGUGAGAGAAUGAAUUAUAUUUGGAAGGCCGAGAUAGUAAAUAAAAAUGUUUUGCUGUAGGAAGAGGGAGUAUGUUGAGGAAAAAAAAAAAGCGAGAGAGAAGACAACAAUGAACAAACAACCAUCUGAACUAUAUGCUGAAGUUUUGCAGUUUCUCUUUCUGCAGUUUUACUUUGUUUAUUUUAAACUUGGUUUUAGUUGACACUGCGGUUGUUGUGGUUAGCACCAGGGUCCAUGAUUCUGAGCUCAGGUAUCUGUCUAUAAUGUGAAGUUUUGCAUGUUGUCCACGUUCGCAUCAGUUUCUUCUGGGUUCACACCCACCUCUCAAUACCAUGGUGGUAGGUGGGUUGGCGACAGUAAAAGCCCUAAGUGUGAAUGCAUGUUCAUGGUGCACAGUGAUGGACGGCUGUACCAUGCAGAGUGAAUUCCUGUUGAAAUCCUCUAACUGCCUUUUGUAGUUCAAACUAAGUCAAUCUAAAGAAUCGACAUGAAAUGAUGUGAAACUUGCAACUGAAGAGAAUCCCAAGUAUCGCUCUUGGAGAAACACUGACUAUUUUUAGUUGAGAUGCAUUAAACUGGCUAAUUGUAUAUCUUUUUUUUAACAACCAUGCUGUCUUAACACUUGUUUUAUUUUAUUUAUUAUUAUUUUUUGUGUCGCCGCCACAGCUACCUAAUUUUGUUCAAUUUUUUUAAUCACCAACCAAUAUUUUUUGAGUACCGUGUGUCUGUGUGUGUGUUUUCUCUUAGUGCAUUGAAUAACUGUUCUUUCAUUCAUGCUUUUUGUGUGUAUGUAAUUUUAAAGAAUACAAAAGUCAUUUACUAAAUUAAUCUCCAUCCCUAAAUGUUGAUAAAUAAAGUGAUCUCAAACCUGACCAUGUAUCACUGUUUAUUAGACACAUCUAGCAAAUGUUAGCAGAUAUUAUGAAAAUACUUUUAUAAAAUAUAUCUAGAAUAAGAUAAUGGCUCUCAAACAUGUCUAUUUCUUUUUGUUCAGUAAGUGAGUCAUCUGCACAAAUGAUGCCAUAGUGGACAUUUAAAAAGUUGUGCAAAAAAAUAAAUAUAUAAAACCGUUACUGGCUAAAUGUG